AUGUCCAGGGAUAUAAUAAGAGCGCGCUUGCGGCCGUUCGGGAUUUCAUUUGAGAAGUCUCUGACGGACCUCAUCAGGGGGAUCAGGGCGAAUAAUCAGGAUCCUGAGAAAUUGGCUGCGUUCUUCGACAAAUCCAUCCAGGAAUGUCGGGCUGAGCUGAAAACAAACGACCUCGAACUAAAGUCCAUGGCGAUCCUCAAGCUAGCAUACUUGGAGAUGUACGGCUACGACAUGAGCUGGUGCUCGUUCCACGUGCUGGAGGUCAUUUCGUCGCCGAAGUUCCAACACAAAAGAAUAGGAUACCUUGCUGCGAUGCAGCUCUUCCAACGACAGAACAACGAUGACGUGCUCAUGCUUAUGACCAAUUUGCUGAAAAAGGACAUCAAUUCGGGCAAUUCUGUGGAUACAGGCGUGGCUAUCAGCGGCAUUGCGACCAUAGUCACACCUGAGCUGGCACAGGAUAUCUGUGACGAUAUGGUGCGAAUGCUUUCCCAUUCCAAGCCAUUCAUCAGAAAAAAGGCCGUCUUGGCCAUGUAUAAGAUCUUCCUCAAGUAUCCUGACGCAUUGAGACUGCAUUUCGACAAAUUGAUAGAAAAGCUGGACGACGAAGACGGGUCCGUGGUCUCUGCCACUGUAAACGUCAUUUGCGAGCUUGCUCAUAAUAAUCCGAAAAACUACGUGGAGCUUGCGCCGCGACUCUUUGGGCUGCUAAAGGAAUCGAACAACAACUGGAUGGUUAUCAGACUUCUGAAACUGUUGUCGUAUCUGUGUCUUGAAGAGCCUCGUCUCCGCUAUAUAUUGCUGCCAGAGGUGGUGGACCUCAUGAACAGCACGACGGCACUUUCUUUGGUUUAUGAGUCAAUCAAUUGCAUCCACAAUGGAAAAAUGCUUACGCCUGACGAUACCAAAGUUGCAAAACUGAUAAUCAGCAAACUGAUCGGCUUUAUUCAAAACAGCGAUCAGGAUUUGAGGUAUGUUGGGUUGCUGGCGUUCAUCAAAACCUGCAAAAUUCACAAGGAGCUCAUCAAAAAGCAUGAAAAAGUCAUUAUGGCAUCCACCUACGAUCCCGACCCCACAAUCAGAGAAAAGUCUUUGGAACUGAUUGAUUCUCUCGUGACCGACAGGAACAUCGUUUCUAUUGUGUCCAGACUACUUGUCCAGUUGAUUCCUGUGGAUGAGCAGGCAGAAAGAUUGGAAUCCAUUAACGUUGAGACUGAAUUGGCGUUUCAGAGUCCUCUCAUCGUGUCAGAUAAGUAUAGGCUGCUUGUCAUCACCAAAAUCAUCCAGAUCUGCUCCAUGGACAAUUACGAGCGCAUUCCAAAUUUCCAAUGGUAUCUUGGUGUUCUUGGCGACAUUCUCAAUAUCAAUGCCGAGAACAGGCUUGCUGGAGUUGAAAGAAUGGUCACAUCGCAAUUCAUGAGUGUGGGAUUGAGGGUUCCAAGUAUUCGCAGCAGAUUGGUUCAACGCUGUCUGGAGCUGGUACUUGAUAGUUCGCGACUGGUCAGCUUAAAGGAAGGUCUAUACAAUUGCAUGUGGCUUGUUGGGGAGUACUAUACAGACUAUAUCACGACACUGGAUGACGACGAUAACGACGACAGUGAUAACGAGGAAGUGUACAAAAUCACAGGCGCACAAAUUAUUAAGAGCGUUGUGGCCCAGGAAGACUUUGAUACUCUCACUGACCUCAUGGAUCCUACACUCGGUGUUUAUAUUCAGUCUAUGGCCAAACUAUUUGGGAAGUACUGUCUCUCUUUGAGACUGAAUUGGGGUCCUGAAGACCGGGUGCACGUGAUCGAGGUUUGCCAAAUAUUGAUCAGGUGGCUGGAGAAAUUCCAUCAGUCUGUGAAUUUUGAGGUUCAGGAGCGCGCUAUUUCCUUUACUGAACUUCUGAAGCUCGUACUGGAGGCUGUCGAGACGGAGGAAGAGAGCUUCCCCAAUUUUCUGGUCUCUGGGUACGCGCAGCUAUUUGAACAAUAUCCAAUUAAGCCUGUUGGUCCACACGCCCAAAGUCGCAUCCCUAUAGCCAUAGACCUGGACACAGCUAUUGACCACGAGUCUAUUUCUGAAUUCCAGCGGAUGCUUGCUGGAAUCGAGGAAAAAGAGACUCUGCAGCGUCAGCAGGAGGAAUACGAGGAAGAACUGGUGUCCGAGAUCAACCAUUCAUCCGAUGACCAUGGCGAGGACGAGCCACUUAAAGGUCGCCCAGAGCGCUCCGACAGGAUAGGCGAUCCAUUCUAUAUCUCGAUGGACACAAGCACUCCGGAUGAUGUCUCAAUUUCAGAACCUUUUGUGGAGACCAAACGCAAGAAGCCUAGCAAAAAGAAGAUCAAAAAGGAGAAAGUGCUUGUUCUGGGCGACGAAGACCCUGGCGAAGAGUCUGCUUCUGAGCCUGUGUUCAAGCCGAAGAAGAAGAAGGGCAGAAGUAAGUUACUCAUUGACUCUUCGACUCUGUCGGACUUCGACCUCACUAAAUCACCUGACGAACCUGACCACACCGAGGAGGUAGAGAUAAUGCGAAAAGAGUUUGAGAAACUAGAGCAAAAACAGGAGCCGCCUGUGGUGGUUAAAAAGCCAAAGAAGCCAAAGAAGAAGAAGCUCGUGGUGAUUGAGUAG